ACUUCCGCUUUUUCUGCGACGAGCCAGGAAGAAGAGGUGGAAGGCGGCCGUUGCUGACGGUGAGACCUGCUUAAGAAGAAGGGACUCCGGGGGCACGCUUGAAUUCAGCCAAGCUUCGAAGCCAGACAAUCGCUCUCCCUAACGGUUCCUCUUCUUCACGGCGACAUGACGUACCCGGGGUUCGGAGCGUAUGGAGCUUACCGUGGCCAGAUGCCAAUGCAAAUGGCAGUGGGCCAACCAGUUCCAGGAGGAGUACAAAGUGUGGCCCACGGUGGAUCUCCUGGAUAUUCUGUAUAUUCUGGUGCCUAUGCUGCCGCCGCCGCUGCUGAUCCCUUGUGGACGUUCUUCACUGCUAUUGCUGGGCAGGAUGGUGAAAUGGAUGCUGAGGAGCUGCAAAGAUCUCUAACACAGUCGGGAAUCAGUGGAAAUUAUUCUCCAUUCAGCUUGGAGACCUGCAGAAUCAUGAUAUCAAUGUUGGAUAGAGAGAAUACUGGGAAAAUGGGAUUCAAUGAAUUCAAGGAACUUUGGGGAGCGCUCAGUGCUUGGAAGCAGAAUUUCAUGAUGAUAGAUCAAGACCGAAGUGGAACUGUGGAACUUCAUGAACUGACUCAAGUCAUUGUAGCUAUGGGUUAUCGGCUAAGCCCACAGACAUUAAUUGCAAUUGUAAAACGUUACAGCAAGAAUGGCAGAAUUUUUUUUGAUGACUAUGUGGCUUGCUGUGUGAAGCUUCGAGCUCUGACUGACUUCUUCAGGAGGCGGGACAGCAUGCAGCAGGGCAUUGUGAAUCUUGUAUAUGAUGAUUUUGUGCAGUGCACCAUGGCUAUUUGAGUGCCAGCUGUGGAAGGAAACUUCUGUGUAUGAUUUCAACUAUUUUGAGAAAACUAACAGAACAUGCUGUGAAAUAGAGGCUGCCAUCAACUCUUCCAUGUUUCUGCCUGCUCAAUGAAUAACUUCUGUAUAAAUAUAUUUGACUUUUAGUGUGACAAUAAACGAGUGUUCACAUUUUACAGUAAUUCUUAGAAGCGUGCCAUUCUUUUAUGCCUGUGGAUGUUAAGACUUUUUUAUAUUUGGGAGUUGUGCUCUCAGAAUGGAUAAGAGGAAACAAUAUUUGAAAUCAUAAUUAUAAACAGGGUUCAGUAUAUCCUUAAAGUGCUCUGGCUCAGUACCUGUUGGCUUAAAUUGCAAUAAAGAUUAGCUGGUAAGCAAUGGACAUUCCUAGUAUCCUCAACAUCAGCAGUUUCAUGUGCUUCACACCUGUAAAACACGAAAUGCCUGGGGGAAAACCAAUUCAACAGAUGUACAAACUCGAAACAAGCGUUUGGAUAUUUCUUCUGGACGUUCAGUACAUUUAAUUGAGUAUAGUCUUGUCUAAUGUGUUCCUAGUGAGGAGGAUCAUUUAAUGUAAGUCAAACACAUCUUUCUUAGAACUAUUUUUAUCCUCUUUUAAGAUGCAAUCCUCAGAGGAAUUCAUGUACCUCUGUAAGGCAUCUACAGACAAACACCCCCACCCCUGCCAAGCUUAAAUGUUUGAGACUCAUCUAGUAGAUGUUAAUGUGGAAAAAUUCUGUUUCUUGCCUAAAGUUUUGACUUUAUCGAGUUGCGAAAAUAAAAAUAACUGACUUGAUUUACCAAAGCCAGCUCCCUACAUUACGCCUGCCUUGGUUGCUUCCAGAAAACAGAGCCAUGUGGACUGCCAGGGGAGCUGUAGGUGUGCAACAACUGCUUGCAUGGUUGUGACAACUUCAGCCAGACUACUUUAAUAGUACCAAGACAGCUGUGCUUUUUCUGGUGACUAUUCUCUGCUAAUGUAUAAACUAGGCUUACAGCAGCACUGCUUACUGUUCAGCCCAAAUAACUCUGCCUAUUUGAAUAAAACGGCAAGCCCUCCUACUACUUGGCUUUCUGUUCUAGUUGCUCCCAUGCUUUCUAGACUCUUGGUGGGACUUCUCAGUGUGUUUGCUUCUGCACACUGUGCCAACAAGGUAUAUUCAGAUCUGCCAACAGCAUCACUGCUGCCCCUGAAAGUGCAUCGCUUGAUGGCUUUGCACUUUUGCUGUACCAGGCUCCAGCACAUGUACCACAUGAAUCUGUUCAGCUGUGCUGUAUAGGGCACUUGGCAGGCUCUGGUGAAAAAGAGGACUGAACUGGAUGGCCCUCUGUGUUGCAGGCUAACACCUGAAACAGCCAGUGGCUCCAUAUGUUGAUGCAAACCUACACUCACCACUUGGUAUCUUCAAUGGUAUGUAGGUGUAAGCCACCUGCUAAGCAAAGGAUCUGUUACUUAACUGUUGGGGACAGCUCACAAUUCACCCUUGCUUCAAAUGUCAGCUUGCCUGACUACUGAAUUAAAAACUAAUUGUGCCAAUGAAGUUUUUUUUUAGUCUGGAAUCAGUAAUGUGUGCAUAUAACACUUGAGUUAGCUGUAUCUUUCUUCUGUGGUUUCUGCAUCAACUCAAAGAACUAUACUAGUUUAUACUGGGCUCUUGAUAAAGGGUGUUUGCAUCUUUCAAUCCCUGUAGCUUGUACUGGCAUUUGCAAAUCAAAGUCUUGAAAUCACUGGCAUUAUUUGUAUGCAUAUUUUGCUGUUCACAAUUGUCAAGUAAUUGCAAAUAAUUUUUGGCUAUCUGCUAGGUAAAGAUUUUUGUACCUUAUGAAAUAAUGAUACUAUUCUAACUGUACAAAUGCUCUUGUAACUAUUUUCAGUGCCAUCCUAAGCAAUUGCGUGGAAAUAAAGUUGGAGCUGGUUUCAUA